ACCUCGCUUGGAAAAUUUUCGAAAACAAGAUGGCAGAGGUGGAACGAUCUUGGACGGAUCAGCAAUUGCAAAGUGAUGAAGUCUCUAAGAAAGAUAUCAUCAAGUUUUUGCAUGAACAUGCUUCGUUUGAGUUUCUCAAAGAGCACAAACUGAAUGGGAAAUUGAACAAUAUUGCAAAAACCAGCAAAAAGGAUCACCUCAUUGAAAGUUAUAAACAACUUUUUGAAACAAAGUCUUACCGCAAGGAAACUGAUGCCAGCUUGGAAGACCAGUUAAAAGAGGCAGCUGAGAAAACAGCAGCCAUGCAUAUCAGUGAGAAGAAGAAGGAGAGAAAGAGUUCAGAAUCAAAGGAUUCAAAGAAAGAGGAGCCAAAAUUCUCCAAGAAAAUCUUGAAGCAUGGAGAUAAGACUUCAUUUGCCUCUAAAGGUGACAGAGUGUCUUGUUUCUAUACUGGCAAACUGGAAAAUGGUGUGGUGUUUGACAGCAAUAUCUCAGGAGCAGGAGCUAAAAAGAAGAGCCAGGGAGAGGGGAAACCAUUUAUUUUCCAAGUAGGGAAGGGACUUGUGAUUCGAGGGUGGGAUGAAGGCCUCAUGACAAUGUCCAAAGGUGAGAAGGCAGAACUCAUCAUUGAGCCAGAGUGGGGAUAUGGAAAGAAAGGAAACAUCGAUGCCAAUAUUCCACCACAAUCAAAACUCAUCUUUGAGGUCGAGCUUGUUGAUAUCAUAUGAAGUUGUAAAACUUGGGCUGGAACAGAAGGAAAAGGAACAGAGUGAAGGCAACCUUGGGCAUAUUAAGAUGACAUGUAAUCUAGCUGGUAGUGGCACUAGCUUUUUUGUCCCGUCAAGUUUUAGAUGUUUCCUGUCAGCCCCUCUUGAAGCUUCAGAGAGGGACUACAGAGAGACUGUAGAGGGACUGUAAACGGAGUGAUGCUUGGACCUUUAUACACCCCACCACCCCUCCCCCCACCCCCCUUUAAGUGAAGUCUAGUCAAAAUUGAAAAAGCAAUCAAGGGUGAAUUUAGAGAUUGAGACUCAAUAUUUCCACAGAAUGAAAUGAAUUCAAUUUUGAAUCCACUACAUUUAAUGUGAUUACACAAAGACAUAGAAGAAAACUAAUUACUACUGCUCAUACCAGUUCACAGGAACCCUAGUCAUGUAGCACUUACAUUACUUGUCAUCUUACAUACAGUAAAUCAAGAAAAUAAACUUUGGAGAGUA